CACUCAGCUAAACAGAUAUAGCAGCAGCUGGAGUAACAGUGUCCCAAAGAGGCACCGUAACACACAGAGUGUUACUCUCCUCCACCAUCGUUGAGUCAAACUCCUGGAUAACAGCACUGUUUUGUGAGGUGCUACAAGGCCACAUACAGCAAUAAUGGAGAUUGAGGAAGAGAUUUCACGUGAAGAUGAUGAUGGUGGCAGCUCAUCAUUACCAAACGUAGAGUACAAGGCUGCUCACCAGGCGUUUAGGGAUCGCUGGAAAGAGACAGAUGACACCAUGUGUCGCCACAGCAUGUCCUUCCACCUGCACCACUCGCUGCGGAGUGAGUUCUUCGCCAGCUACCUGUACCUAAUGGAGAAGAUUCCUGUGGUGAAGCUGUUUCCAGUCACCUGUGAGUACAUCAAAGGAGAGAAACAGUUUUACUACAGAGCUCAGAAGUUCUAUGAGGACGUCCCUGCCUCAGAGGAGGGCAUGCUGGGAGAUUUUGUGGAGAUAUGCAACAUCGAUCUAGAGGGUUCUCGGCAGUUUCUGAAGCGGUUUGUGGGUCCUGGUAAGGCUGGCACACACUGUGCUCUGGACUGUGGAUCUGGGAUCGGUCGUGUGACCAAAGGCGUCCUCCUUCCUGUAUUUGAGAAAAUGGAGAUGGCGGACAUGAUGGAGCACUUCCUGCUCCAUGCACACGAGGAGUACCUUGGCGACGAUGCCGAUCGCAUAGAGACCUACUACUGCUACAACCUGCAAGAGUUCACACCUCCAAAAAACAAGUACGACGUCAUCUGGAUGCAGUGGGUGGCAUGCCACCUAACAGACAAGGACCUGAUGAACUUCUUGAUGCGCUGUAAGAAGAGUCUACGUCCAAACGGUGUUAUUAUAAUAAAAGACAAUAUGGCGCGGCAGGGCUGCAAGCUGGACCCCAUCGAUAGCAGCAUCAGCCGUCACCUGGACAUCAUGAAGAUUAUCAUCGCCAAGGCAGGUCUGGAGAUCCUGGCUGUGAAGAGGCAGGAAGGCUUCCCUGAGAUCAUCAUGCCUGUCUGGAUGAUUGCGAUGAAAUAGAAGUGGCAUCUACUGUAAAAAGGUUCCGGUUGUUGUUGCUCUCUUUGAAAGGGAAUCCAACCUAAAGCUGAAUUCACAUUUUAUUCCUCUUUUGUUUAAGUCUAGAUUUGUGAUCAUGUCUCUGAAAACCACACUAACACUGCUAAAAAUCUACACAAUGUCAUCAGGAGAUAAAUCCUGAACUGGCGGUGUGCUUUUGCACAGCAUGAUGGCACCUGGGGUGAUUUUAUGGAGAAAGUAGUUCUGCUCAGCACUGAAAUGAAAUAAAGCUUUUACGUGGACAUUAACCUUCUACAGAAGGACUCUGUAUGUCCACAAAGCCAAGCUGUAAUUUAUUGUCAGCCGACCACCUCCUGGGGUUUGUCUCUUGAUGACAUCGAAGAUCAGCUCUCUGGAGCUUGUUCCUGUCUGAACUACGAGGAUCAUUGGAAUAACAUGUGGAUUCAGAUGGUUUCUCCUCUGAGUGAAUGAUUUGUAUCCAUUUCUGACUGAAUCCAACAUGUUACAGCACAAGCAUAACAUAUCAUCAGCAAUGAUGUGUCAUGUUAGAUUUCUUAAAAAACAACAACAACAACAACAACAACACAAAAAACAACAACUACAUUUUCAUAUAUUAUAGCAUAUGAUGAACAUGCCAUCUGUAUCUGGAUACAUUAAUUGGACAUUGACAUUUACACUUCAUAUUGAGUGUUUUUUGUUAUCUUGAAUCUGGCUGAUUGUGAUCAGAUCUUAAUUUGCAUGUUAAGCAGGAGUGGGUGAACCUGUCAAACUCUGGUUAUGUUAUCCUUGUCCCAGGUCAUUGCCAACCCAUGAGAGUGUCCCAAAGCAAUGCUGCUUUAUGGUAUGGAUGUUUUAUGAGAGCUGGAUACUAGAAUCGAAGAUAGCACCCCACUCAAUUAGAUGAAAAUUGCUCACCAAGUGCAUAAGCCAGUAACAUGUUCUGGCUCUAGCUCAUUUGUUUCCAUGUUGUUUUACCGCUGCCACUCCCUUUAUUAUGUGUAACUUUAAGUCUUAAAGUCUGGGUUAAGUAAAUUUUACGCACAGGAUUUUUUUGGAGGGCCUGAAAUCAUGGCUCAGUGAUGCACUGGAGCCAUCCUUAACAUAACCCCUUACCAGUUUAAUACAAAACUGGCAUUAGAGCGCAUAGCAUCAGUGCCACAAGUUCUCUUAGCUCUUUCAGUCCAAUACAUGAAUAAAAAACUCUGUUAAAUGAUACAAACAUACAAACACAAGCAAAAGUCAUCACAGAUGUACCUUUUGGUCUUUCAGCCCAAAUGUGUGUGCUUUUGGUUAACAUUAGUGGCUGAAUGAGAGUCUGUUGCUUCGCAGCGGCUCAUUCUUUGGCUCAGCACCUUCAGCAGACACAGCCGCAGCAUUUCAAAGCAGAGAAUACUUAUUUUUUUUAUGACUUUGAAACCUAAUUUCAUAUACUUACAGGUUGUGAUUGUUGAAAUUAGCUGUAGAGACUAAAACUGCUUUUUUUCCUUCACCAGGUUGGUAACAUGUUUAUUUCUGCUAUAAAGUCGGGCAUUUUAACAUGGGGUCUUGACUUGCUCCUGCAGCCAGCCCCUAGUGGCCAUUCGAUGAACUGCAGUUUUCAACGCUUCUGCAUUAGCUCAAUUUUUAGCCCACGAGAAUGCUGCUUGUUUUUGACAGGCAGCUUGAACAGGAAGAAGGGCAGUGAGGUGACCCAUUUACCAUUUUCAAAAGAUGGCCACAGACUACAUUUUCUCCAGACCGCCUUCAGAUGGGGUCUGGCCAAACUGAUUGUAUUCAGUGCUGCACGCAUUUACAUCUGCGUUUGGUAUCCAGAUACAGAUCACAUAGUAAUACCAGGUAGAGAUGAGGUCUUAAUGUCACCUUUCAGUACAGCAUGUAGUUCACUGUUGCUUUAUAUUGCAGGAGAAAUAAUGUUCAUCCAGUGCACUUACAGCACAGGUUGGUCAGGUGUAUAUAUUUGUUUUUAAGUGUAUGUGUUUUAUACUUUUGCUUGUAAUAUUGCAGAUAAAUGUAGUUUUUAUAUCGAGUUCUUUUGUGCAAUUCUCUCUGUGUAGUGCUUAAAUUUAGACUUAUUAAAAUAAAAAUGCCAUACUUGGAAAGCA